CAGACAGCCUCUUCCCUUCUUCCCUCCUCUCCGCCGCUGGAAGCUCAGUUGACCAGCGUCGCAACUGAGCGAUGCGCCUCCGGGAGAGCCUCUACCUUUUUGCGGCAGAUUUGACAUUCACAUCGCAGAUCCUCGCACCUGAGCGGCAUUUAGUUUGUCUUUUUCCUCCUCCUCGACACUAAUUUCUGUGCGUCAGAGUGAUUCUGACAGAAAACUACUCCAGGACAAGGUUUUCCGAUUGUGAAAACUGACCACUCGCAACAGGCGUUUUUUUCCCUUCUUCAUCGUGAACGAGCCCCAGCGGGGAUUUGAUUUCAUCCAACACACAUUUGUCUCAUUGGGAAAGCAGCCAGUGACAACCGAUAACUCAAUCGGAGAUGGUAAAGGAAACAGCGGACUGACAGGCUUUGAUUGUGGUGAAUUGUGUGCUCAGGUUGAAGCUCUCCAGCAUCUUCAGACAGACGACAGGGAGCAGAGGAGGCUGACUGACGGUCCACAGGCUGACAAAAGGCAGGCAGCAGCGAGCAGCCACCAUGCUGUCUUUAGACGAGCCGCUGGACUUGAAGCUCCCGUCGGGACGAACGGCUGGUCCAGUGACAUUCGGAAAGAGGGCUUGUCCUUCCUCCAUCUGCGCCCCCCUCAGUGCCACACGACCACGACUCCAGUGUACAACCUUCCCAUCACCACCUUCCUCUCCAGAUUCGCAGUCUUCCUCUCAAGAACGACCCGGGUCCUGCUUCAUCCCUCCAGCCAUGGACCUCAGCCUGUCGCCUUCCUCCCGCCACGCCUCGUCCCUCUCCCCAUCUCCCUCCUCCCCCUCCUCCCCAUCUCCCUCCUCACCCCUGGAGUCCCCCCACAGCAGCAGCAGCCCUCAGCCACAUCUCUUCUCUCGGGAAGCAGCUCAUCAUCGAGGUGUGGAAGGCGGAGCUUCCCCGCCGGGUUAUCCGUUUUAUUUCCCGAUCAGAAGCCCACCGAGAGGCUACAGCUUCCCAUCCUCCCUGUUCAUUGGUCAGAACAGAGAGAAGCCGGUUUCCCCGGAGCCCUCGCUGGAUGGUCAGCUGGCCUGCCGCUGGAUGAAGUGCCACCUCCUGUUUGACUCGCUGCAGGACCUGGUGGAUCACAUCAACGACUUCCACGUCAAGCCUGAAAAGGAUUCCGGGUACUGCUGCCAGUGGGAGGGAUGCGCUCGAAACGGAAGAGGCUUCAACGCCAGGUAUAAAAUGCUGAUUCACAUCCGCACACACACCAAUGAGAAACCACACCACUGUCCCACCUGUAACAAGAGCUUCUCACGUCUGGAGAACCUGAAGAUUCACACCCGCUCACACACAGGGGAGAAACCCUACAUCUGCCCUUAUGAAGGCUGCAGCAAACGCUACUCCAACUCCAGUGACCGCUUCAAGCACACUCGCACCCACUACGUGGACAAGCCUUACUACUGCAAGAUGGCAGGCUGCCUGAAGCGCUACACGGAUCCCAGCUCACUACGCAAACACAUCAAAGCUCACGGUCACUUCGUGGCCCAGGAGCAGGGCACUUCCAGUAGGCUGGGGACGGGGCUGGGUGGUCCCGGGCACCAGAGUGCUGCUGAACUGCUCCCCAUAGGCGGAGCUCAUGUCAUCAUCCCCGGGGCGGCAGCAGCUCUCCUCGGGGGUCUCGGGACCUCCUUGCCGCUCUCUGCUUUCUGCCAUGCCAGGGCUCUCAGCCACCACGGGGCACCGCUCUUCUCCAUGGGUGGAGGAGGAGGCAGCGGCAUGGGACCACUCGGCCUGUCAGACUCCCCACUGCUACACUUUGGACUUUCAGCUGCAUCGAUGCUGGGGCUGGGAGCUCUGGGAGGUCUGGGCCGAGUGGCUGGGAAAGAGCCAGAGGAUGAAGAGGAAGAGGAGGAAGGAGAGGAGGGGGAAGCGCUGAACCUGUCUGCAGGGGUGGGGUCCAGACGGAGCGAUCCUUUGUCAUGGGUGGUUGUUCCCUCGAGGGCACUGCUCCUCAAACCAGCUGUUGUCAGCUAGAAUGUGCACUCAGAAAUGCAUCCAACCAGGGAGUGUGUCUACGUCUUUUUCUGUGUCACCGUACAUACGUGUCUGGAUGCAAUAUACAUGCAUGAUUGUGGUGUGUGUGUGUGUGUGUGUGUGUGUGAGGGAUCAAAAGUCACUGCCACCUUCAGAGCCAUAAAAAAGACAACUUAUCUAGUCAUUCCAGCCCAGCCUAACAACUGAAGGCUGACUGAGUGCAGAAGCCUUUGUGAUGGCUGUAAAAAACCUAAAGAAGAUCUGUAAGGACUUGGUUGUAUAUUUCAGCUGUCAGUUCACCCAAAUUACAAAGGAAACAAACUCACAUCCCUAAUGGUAUCUAACCAUGCAGAUCCAGUUUUAUCUACUGACACUGACAUGAUGUACAACAUUCAUCUCAGACUUAUCUUUUAAGGCAACUUUAAAAAUAAUAAUCGGAUAUUUGAAAAAAAAAAGUAACUUAUUUCCUUUUACUUUGAAUAAUCCUUAAGCUUUACAGUGAAAUUUCUUCAUUUGAACUAUGUUGAAAUGACAAGUGAGACGUAAGAGGAGCAAAAGACACUCAUUUUGUACUUUGUUCCCAUUUCACUGUGCAGUUAGAGUUAAGAAACACAUUAUUUAACUUUACAGUUAAACUUCGUCACUCAGUCUCAUGGCUUCAUGGCUAAUCAAUGACGUAAUGUCGUCUGUCAGUCAGUGUCAGGUACUGGAGUCCUGCUAAAAAGUAGCUCAGUAGGGGGCUUACAUUGAGUGUGGAUGCUGGAACCAUCACAUCCUCUGCUGUCGCCCUGCUUAUGGUCAGCACUGUUAUUGUGAGCAUGUUAGCUCACUGAUGUUUUCAGUUAGCUUAAAGCAGUGCCACAGUUUGGCAGAGCCUCCAAUCUGGUGUUGGACUUAGAACUUACACUCCAUUCAACUCCAGUGAGAAAAAACAACAUGUCUGCAUGAUUAGAUACCUUUAAACAAUGUUUUUCUGCUCAUCUACGUCUUGACUUUGCAGUUUUCAGCAGACAAUCACCUGUAUGAGAUUUACCAAGCCAGGUCAGGUGUAGUUUUCACAAUGACAACCCCCACUGACUGCUUCUCUUUACCCAUAUUUGCUCACCAUUAGUAAAGAUGGGGUGGAGCAGGAAUGUGGGGAGCAAAAGGAAAUACAGUCAGAAUACAACAAUGUCAUAUAACAUUAAAAAUAACACCAUCUUAAAACCAUUUGCAUUUUUCUCCUUCAGACAACAUUUGUGUUUGUGCAAUUAAAAUACAAGUUCUAAAAAGUAUAUAAUUUGACAAUUACCGUAUUUUCCGCACCAUAAGGCGCAUCGGAUUGUAAGGCGCAGUCUCGAUUAAGGGGUUUAUUUCUGUACUUAAGCCAUAUAUAAGGCGCACCGUAUUAUUGGGCGCAUGCUAAAACAAGGAAACGGAAGCAAAACAGUGAGUGUGGUUGAACUUUAUUCUACUACGUAUUUAAAAAUACAUUCACAUUAUUUUUUGAUCAAUCUUUUGUCACAAAUCCAUCAAAGUCCUCGUCUUCUGUAUCUGAAUUGAACAGCUGGGUAAUUUCAACAUCAAACAUGCCGGAUUCACUCUCGUCAUUGUCGGAGUCAGUCUCGUUGCCGGCGGCCGCGUCCCGCUCAGGCGGCGGUCGACUCUCCGGACGACAUGGUCAUCAUCAGCAAUGAUGCCGGCUUUCGUGAAAACUCAGACAAUAGUCAGUACUGUACGUAGCUUUAUGUAAUGUUCUCUAAUAGGUUUAUCACUGCCAGCGUGUGUAGCGUAUGUAUUACAUCCCUAUGUUGGCGGGAAAUGGUCCGACAGUCAGAUUUUGGAACUCAGUGCACACAUGAGACGCACUGGGUUAAAAGGCGCACCAUUGAUUUUUGAGAAAAUUAAAGGCUUUUAAGUGCGCCUUAUAGUGCGGAAAAUACAGUAUACACCAAUGUCCCAUGAAAUUAUUUUUUUUAAAUGAUACAUUUAAAAAAAACACAAGCAAAAGCAUUUUAGGUUAUUUUAAUUCAACUGUUUACAAAAAUAUUUAAGUGUUUUAAACAAGAGUUUUGUGGUAUUGAAAGAGAUUUUGCACAGAUGCCUGCUGACAGAAUGGACUUACGGCGAUUUGGACUCACACCCUCUAAAGUGCGACUCACAGGCUCAUUGUUUAAAGAAGGUUUCUGUGACUCUAACCUGGAAGACCAGCUUCUAUAUGUGCUUCUGAGGUGAGCCCUCACCACUUUAAUGUCCAAAUCCACAGCAAACAGUGUCUGUGUACAUUUGCAACACUACGAUGUGUGACGAACACUUCAAAUCCACACAGAGAACAUAUGCUUGACCAUGUGAUUUUUCAAGUCGCAAGAGGAAAGAAAGAAAAAACUGUGUUGACGCAACUGAAUGUAGGUUUGAGGUUAACUCCUUUGCUUGCAACUUAGCUUGUCUUAGUCCUUGCUUCAUUAAUCAUUCCAAGACAAUGGUCUCCACAGGAUCGGCCCUUUCUUUUAAAUACCUUAAGAAAACAUUCUCUUAGGAACAAGGUAGACAAAGGUGUGUAUUAGGCAAUAAUAAGUACACAUUUGCUUCAAAUGAAUGUUAUGACAUGAAAAGGUACAGAAGAAGAAGAAGCCAAAUAGUUAAAAGCAGUCUUGAGCAUUUUUGGAAGGGGAAAUGUUUGACAAUGGCCACGAGUGGCCAGUAUCUGUGUCGAUUUAUCUUGUAUUCAUGUUUGCACAUUGAUUUAUCCUAAUCUCAAAAGUGUCCAAGUGCCUUGUGUUUCAGCUGAAAUAUAUCACACAGUAUAUGAAAAAAUAUUUACGCAGAUGUAAAGUGUAUAAAUGUACUUUUCAUUACAUUUUAAAAAGAAUUUAACAACUUGACAACAGAUGUGAUUUGUACAUCAGGGCCACUGCAGCACCUCCUGAGGACAACUCCGGUGCUGAUGACUGUGACGAUGACUCUACGUCAAUAAACACGACCACGACA